GUUGCUGGCAUCUGUCGGUGUUCGAUGUAAAAAUCAGGUAUUCCCCCACCACGGUGUGUCCGUCCUUGUCCCGUUCCGUGCUUACCUAUAUUUUUAAUCAAGUGUGGUUGGCAUGUAAAACCUGUCACAACUGGGACUUUGGGAGACCCGCAUUUUUCGUUUUGUUUUUGUGCGUGCGGUGCCGUGGAAAUGGUACGACCGAAAGUGUACGGACCCGCAACGAACAAAGACGGUACUUCGGUCGGUUUUAAGGGAACGGGGCUCCGUUGUUUAUAAAGGCUACCGAGUGUUUAAAUAUGGAAGAUAAUGCCGAGGCGAGCCCUAACCCCAUUUCUCAGGGGUGUGGCAGCCGAUCGCAAAUCUCUAUCCAGAUUAGCCCUACGACGGGCGGCGACUUCGCCGUCUUGGUCGAACCCAGCAUCACCGUGGAAAACCUCAAGAAACUUGUGUCUAAGAAACUCAAAUUGUCCAGGGACAGGAUAUGCCUAUUGUUUCGCAACAAGCAGUUGCAGGAGGGACACAUUGCCCAAUAUGGGAUUUCUCAUGGAUCUAAAAUUACCUUAGUACCUAAUGUUGAAACAGGACUUAUUGCUCAACGUCCAGAAGCCAGUAUAAUACAAGCUUUGGAAACGUUGAACGACGCCCAAGUCCACGAGUUCCUGUGCGGAAAAGCACCCCUGAAUCUCAGCAUGCGUCUUGGCGAUCACAUGAUGCUCAUCCAACUUCAAUUGAGCACCGUGUCGGGCGUCAAGCCUGCGGCACCUAGCGGCAAUUCCACUGGCGUUACGCGGUCUCCCAGUCUCAUACAAGCUUCCAGAAAUUUACAGCACACCCUCAGACGUUUAUCCGCAGACGUAUUUUCUGGUAGAGAUGAAGGUAGAAGAGGAAGUAUUUAUUCAGGAACAUUUAGUGGAGCAUUAAAUCCAGCACUACAAGACCCUAAAGGCAGGCCACGUAGAGAUGUAGCAACAAUAGUUCACAUUUUGAAUGACUUGUUGUGUUCGGCGCCCGAUUUGCGACGCGUCAAUAUAAAAAAUACGGACGGAACGGCUCAAUCUGCUGAGCAGGAGGAGCAACCGUCGGGGUCAUCAUGUAGCGAGGACCAGAAUUUGCGAACUAGGGGCAAGUUGGAGCACCUUCGGCUUGUAAUGGGCGAACGACGUGCACGACGGCGGCAGCGAAAGCAGAAGCCGUACUCACUGCCCCAGAGCGAUCCGGAUACCGUAACCGCAUGAGAAGAGCCCCUCGUCCGCAACUAGGGUAUUAACCGUCAUUAUUACUUGUUUUUUCUUUUUUAAUACUAGAUUAGGGCACCGUCUCGCGUAUUUUUAGGAAAUAUACUCUUUAUAAAAGAGUUUUUGUUUUAUAUCCGUUUAGGUUGUAAGAGAAGUUUUGCAAGUUAUUAUUUUUACAUUUACGAUCGUCUGUAAUGCGAUGACUCAAGUGAUUGAAUUGUCACGAGCAAUAAGGCGAAAAUAUAAGAUUGUCAGUGAAGUACAA